AAAACAGGGACCUUGCAAUGAUCUCGCUGGACUUCAAUUUCAACAUUUUGACAAGGGACCUGUCACAUUAUCUGGAAAAUCAAGUGAAAGUCGGGCUGUUCGGAUCUGGAGUAGGACUGUCUCUGGUACUGGGCUUUAGCGCAGCGUACACCUGCUACUAUCUGCUGUCUGUAGCAAAGAAGCCACAGCUCAUCUCUGGGGGUAAGAAGUUCUACCACUUUCUGAGGGAGCAAUGUCCCGUAGUGUCAGAGACCUACUACCCCACCUUUUGGUGCUGGGAGAGCCGCAUCCAGACUCUGCUGAGACCCUUUGUCACGGCCAAACCAGGGGUCGUCUACAGAAAUGAGCUCAUUAAGGCAGCAGAUGGAGGACAGAUCUCUCUGGAUUGGUUCGACAACGACGACAGCCUCUCUCAUCCCGACCCCGCCACCAGGCCCACGGUCCUCCUUCUUCCAGGUCUGACCGGCACCAGCCGAGAGUCCUACAUCCUGCACAUGGUCCAACAGAGCCGGGAUCUGGGCUAUAGAUGCGUGGUAUUCAACAACAGAGGGGUUUCCGGGGAAACUCUGCUGACCCCGAGGACCUACUGUGCGGCCAACACUGAGGAUCUGGAGACUGUUAUCGAGCACAUCCAGAGGACUAAUGAAGCUGCUCCAAUCAUGGCUGCCGGAGUAUCAAUGGGCGGGAUGAUGCUGGCCAACUACUUGGGGCGUAAAGGCCGGGAGACCUGUCUGAAAGGGGUCAUAGUCUUCUCAGCGGGCUGGGACGUCUUUGAGUGCACCGCUUCACUGGAAAAACCCCUGGACCGCUUCCUCUUCAACUCCUACCUCACCAGCUGCCUACAGGCCUCUGUGCACAGACACAGACCAGUGCUCGAAAAGUGUUACGACAUCGAUCAUGUCAUGAAGGCAAAGACCAUCCGAGAGUUUGAUGAGCGGUUCACCUCCAUAAUGUUUGGUUAUCCUACCAAUGACGACUACUACCAUGAUGCCAGUCCUGUCCACAAGCUGAAAUCUGUGCAGGUGCCAAUGCUGUGUCUGAAUGCCGCUGAUGAUGUCUUUUCCCCGUCUCACGCCAUUCCAGUGGAGGCAGUGAAGCAGAACCCCAACCUGGCCCUGCUCAUUACCUGUCACGGCGGCCAUAUUGGUUUCCUGGAGGGCCUGUGGCCUCGACAGAGCACUUACAUGGACCGAGUCUUCAAGCAGUUUGCUAAGGCGGUCAUCGAACAAGGCAGCGGACUCCAAGACCUCUCCUGAUAAGAGAACUUAAAGUGUUCCACUAGUUUUACUUCAUUUCUUCUCGUAUGCCUUUCUUCCUUCUUUCCUUCCUCCCUUUAAUCUUUUGUUUUAUUUAGGCUAUCCAUCUUUCCUUUAUUCCUUCAAUUUCUAAUUCAGUUCUUCCUUCUUUUUCUUUUUUUCUUCCUUCCUACAUCCGCCCCUUUGACAUUUUUCCCCUUUACCAGACAUUCCCUUCAUUCCUUCUUCCUGCAUUCCAUCCUCCCUUUAGUCCUUCCCUCUCCGCCUAACCCUAUUCUCUCCAUUUCCUUCCUUCCAUUGACUUUCUUAAAUAUUCUCCAUACUUCCGUCCCAUUCUUCCUCCUGCCACAAGCAAAAAAAUAAUGUUCCUCUCAUUUGAAAGGCACAUCUUAUAGAGUGCAGCAUUUGUGUUGCAUUCUAUAUUAAUUUAUUAUUCCAGUACAUACAUGUACAGUUAACAUGUCAUUGUAAGUAAUCAAGCUGUAAGUAGUAUGCUUAUUAAAAAUGCAAGCAUAGCUGUACAUGUGGCUUUUGAAAAGAGGAACCAUCAGUUGCAUUAGCUAGUUAACAAAUUCUGCGAUUUACCUUGUGCAAUCAUUUUUCUCAUGAAGCUAACACGAGUACUGUAUAUGAAAAUCCAAUCACCUUUGUUCAUGAGCCUUCAGUACAUCCAUCAGUAGGAUUUUAGCCCUCAGGGAUUUUCUUUAUUUACUCAUGAAUCCUGUGUAAAUUUAUUUUGUCGAUCAUACUCCUUUAGUUUUUUUAUUUUUGUUGUUUGAAGGUAAAUGCUAUUUACAGAGUUGACAUUCUAUCCUUUAAAGUAGUUCGAUGUUUUGGGGAAAUACGCUUAUUUGCUUUCUUGCAGAGACUUAGAUGAGAACAGUAAUACCAUUUUCAUUCAUCCGAUUAGCUUAGCUUAGCAUAAAGACUGGAAGCAGGGGGAGUUAGCUAUCUUAGCUCUAUCCAAAAGGUAACAACUUUUUUUUACCAUUAGACAGAGCCAAGCUAGCUGUUUCCCACUGCUCGCAGUCUUAAUGCUAAGCUAAGCUAACCAGCUGUCUUAUAUUUUAAUACACUGUACAGAUAUGAGAGAGGUAUCUAUAUUCUCAUCACUUUACAAGAAAGCGAAUGAGCAUGUUUCACUAAAUCUCCAUAUUUUCCUCCUUUUAACCUUCUGCAUGCACUUUGAUUUUCCUCACAUUCAACCUUUACGCACACCAAAUAGUUCUACAAAUGUAUAAUAUUGAAAAUAAUUCAUUAAUGACAAGGAAUGUGAAAUUGCACUAUUUUAGUUGACUUUACCAUGCCUCUAGUUCCUUAAUGCAGAGCACUUAAUUUCGUACGAUAUAUGAAAGUAUAUCCCUAAAGGCCGAACACAGCAGUUUAUGAAUCCCACGAAGUUUUACUUUGUGAAAAAUGUUGGUGGUUAGUUCUGUAAAUAAGUCUGAGGGUGCUAGAUACAGGGAUGUGAAUGAAGUAAUGCACAUAGGAGUGUACAUAUUGGUUUGAAGUGGCGGAUGUACCUUUAUAAGAUGCACAGAACCGGGUUGUCACUUUUUGGUUUCGUUUCGCCAACAAUGAUCAAAGGGGCUGGCUACCGUGUAUGAGUUGGCACCGAUGAAACGAUCUGAUUUGACUGGCGGCCAGACUUUCAGUAAUGCGCUGCAUGAGGGAUUCUGAUUUCCUGUUCCUGUGGAAUUUCGGUCUCUGUGUGUUCUGCCAAGUUGUCCAUUUAGUAGCAUGCGUCUCAUCUGCGUCAUCACGUCCCGAAACCUUAAUAUCACUUCUGUAGCACAAAGGACAUGUUUGUUUGUUUGUUUGUUUGUUUGUUUUCCAUUGGAUGCUGCAUUUCAUUUUGUACACUACACAAAAAGAAGAAGAAGAAGAUAAAAAGAACAUCCUGUCUUAACUUGUGCAGCAAUAAGAUUUUAAAUUUAAGAAAAAAUAGUAUGUUUAUCAGUAU